AUGGAGCGGUCCGGGGCAGGCCGGGCCUCCUUUGCCUGGUUUGCCGAGGGGAAACAGCUCACAGCAAGGCUCCAGGAAGACACCCGGGUCAAGUCCACCCCGAGACUCGGGGCGCCCCGCGCACGUGGCGGGGCGGAGAGACACCACGCGGCGGAGCCGCCCGGGAAGGCUCGGUCCCCACAGGCCUUCGCGGGGGAGCCGGGCGGGGACCGGCUUGACCAGAGCCGGAUCCUCGUCCGCGGGGCAGAGCCGGGUAACGGUCGGGCGGGCUUCUGCGCACGCGCCGUACCCGGCAGCCGACGCCGCCCGACUCCGAGGCGCCAGCGCCGCGGCGCCGGCAUGCACCCGCGGCCCGCACCGCCCGGGGGCGCCUUGGCGCUGAGCCCGGGCUGGAGACCGGACGGCGGCGGAGCCCGGGGGCCCUGCUGGCCGUGGCGGAAAUGGAAGCAGCUGUCGAGGUUACAGCGGACGGUGGUCCUCUUCCUGCUGGCGGUCCUGAUGCUCUUCGGCCUCCGGUCCUAUGUCCACGUGGCCGAUGAGUGGACAGCUGUGGACAGCAGGUCGGCGGCAGCAUGGCAGAUGAGACCAGCAAAUCCUCCCGUCUUGCCAGCCCCUCGGAAAGCAGCUGAGAACCCAGAGACCGUGGCGGGGCUGUCGCCUCAGAAGCCCCAAAGGCAUUUCCGACGAGGACCCCCCAACCUGCAGACGAGAGCACCUGAUGGAGACGCCCAGGAGAGGAGCUGGACGGGAGCAGGGACAAAGGCGGAGCAGGGCGCCAGACACCCUCCCAAGAAGGCAAAGGUCCCCCGCUGGCCUUUUCAGCAGCAGGUCCUGACGACUCAGGCCAGUCAAGCCUCCCAGAACGAGCGCCAGAAGGCCGUGGUGGAUGCCUUCCUCCACGCGUGGGCUGGAUACCGCAAGUUCGCCUGGGGCCACGACGAGCUGAAGCCCCUGACCAGGUCCUUCAGUGAGUGGUUCGGCCUCGGCCUCACGCUGAUCGACGCCCUGGACACCAUGUGGAUUCUGGGGCUAAAGAAAGAAUUUCAAGAAGCCAGGAAUUGGGUGUCCAAGAGGUUAUUGUUUCAGAAAGAUGUGGACGUCAACCUGUUUGAGAGCACGAUCCGGAUCCUGGGGGGGCUGCUGAGUGCAUUCCACCUGUCUGGGGACGUCCUCUUCCUGACGAAGGCUGAGGAUUUUGGAAAUCGGUUAAUGCCUGCCUUCCGAACACCCUCUAAGAUUCCGUACUCCUUUGUAAACAUCGGCACCGGAGUUGCUCACCCACCCCGAUGGACCUCUGAUAGCACGGUGGCUGAGGUGACGAGCAUUCAGCUGGAGUUCCGAGAGCUCUCUCGUCUCACGGGGGAUAAGAAAUUUCAGGAGGCCGCAGAGGAGGUGACGAGGCGCGUGCAUGCCCUGCGCGGGAAGCUGGACGGGCUGGUGCCCAUGUUCAUCAGCACCAACAGCGGCAGCUUCACCCACCUGGGCGUGUUCACCCUGGGCGCCAGGGCCGACAGCUACUACGAGUACCUGCUGAAGCAGUGGAUCCAGGGCGGGAAGAAGGAGAGCCAGCUGCUGGAAGACUACCUGGAAGCCGUGGACGGGAUCAGGAAGCACCUGCUCGCUAAAUCUGAGCCCAGGAAGCUGACCUUUGUGGGGGAGCUCAACCACGGCCGCUUCAGCGCCAAGAUGGACCACCUGGUAUGCUUCCUGCCGGGGACACUGGCUCUGGGUGUCCACCACGGCCUGCCUGCUGAGCACAUGGAGCUGGCCCAGGCGCUCAUGGACACCUGCUACCAGAUGUACCGUCAGAUGGAGACGGGGCUGAGCCCCGAGAUCGCACACUUCAACCUGCACCACACGAUGUUUGUUAAGGACGUCCAGGUCAAGGUGGCCGACAGACACAACCUGCUGCGGCCCGAGACCGUGGAGAGCCUGUUCUACCUGUACCGCCUCACGGGCGACCGCAAGUACCAGGACUGGGGCUGGGAGAUCCUGCAUAGCUUCAACACCUACACGCGGGUCCCCUCGGGCGGCUAUUCUUCCAUCAGCAACGUCCAGGACCCCCGCCACCCCCAGCCCAGGGAUAAGAUGGAGAGCUUCUUUCUGGGGGAGACGCUCAAAUACCUGUAUCUGCUCUUCUCCGAUGACCCCGACCUGCUGAGCCUGGACACCUACGUGUUCAACACAGAGGCUCACCCCCUGCCCAUCUGGGCCCCCUCCUAGGGCGGGACGGCUCUCGAGUAGGCGCUGCCCAGGAGGCUGACGUGUGCUGUCCGCGAGGAUGCCUGUCGGCAAGACCUGGGCCCUGACCUUGGCUGUGUGGUGUCCCCCCAGCUGGCGGCACGUGCUCCGGGCCGGGCUGGUGACAGAGGCCGGCGGGCCACAGGGCCAGGAUGUUUCGGGGCCUCGUAGCUGCUCGGGGUGGCCACUGGGCAUCCGGUGCUCUGCCGCUGGUUCUGUGCUCCUCGCCUGGUUCCUGUUGGAUCACCGUUUGGAACACGUUGGAAUAAAUGGGCGGUGUGAUUCUGGGGAUCCUGUCCACUCAGCGAGUUUCUUCCUUCUUCCUAGAAAAUCAAAUCAUGACUACAUUCCUGAAGCCUGAACACUCUCCUGCUGCCCUGCAAGGGCUUCCUCAGGGUCCUGGGCGUCUGGUCACCCCAGGCCACUUUGGCCCAGAGCCCGCGAUGUGAUCAGAGACAGGGGCUGAGGGUACGGCCCGGUGCAGCCCAGCUCGGGGUCACAGCCUGUGAACACGCCCGACCCAGGGGCUCGGGGCGUCCUGACCUCAUGGGGAUUCGGGCUCCUGGCUG